GCUCUUGAGCUUUUUAGUUUCAGUGCCUUCGGAACCAACAAACCUCCAAAGGAUUAUUUGGAACUCGCACAACGUGCACUAGCGUAUGCUCAAGGCAUUCCACUAGCUCUAACACUUUUAGGUUCUCAUCUUCGUAAUAAAGACAAAGAUCGUUGGCAAAAUAUAUUAGAUAGUUAUGAAGGAGAACCAUACACAGGUAUUCAAGAAACACUUCGAAAAAGUUAUGAUGCCUUGGAAAAAUCUGUGCAACAAGUUUUUCUAGACAUCGCAUGUUUCUUCAAGGGUGAAGAUAAGGACUAUGUUCUAAAAAUAGUAAGCAAUUCUAAGAACAAGGUCUCCCGAGAUUGUAUUGAAGUACUCAUUGAGAAGGCAAUGAUAACUAUUGACUAUGGUGGGAUUCAGAUGCAUGACUUACUAGAAAAACUGGGCAAGGAUAUAGUUCAUGAAGAAUCCCCCAAUGAUCCCGGCAAGCGUAGUAGAUUGUGGUUUUACGAGGAUGUUGAACAAGUUCUAACGGAAAGUACAGGAACAAAAAAAAUUAUAGGCAUCAAGGUGAAUCUUCCAGAACCAGCGGAGAUAACCUUGAAUCCAGAAUGCUUCCGUAAAAUGGUAAAUCUUGAAAUUUUCAUAAACCGUAAUGCAUCUCUAUGGGGGCACAUUAGCUAUCUGCCCAACACGCUAAGAUUGAUUAAGUGGGAUAGAUGUCAGUUACAAUCUUUGCCAUCCAAUUUUCAAGGAAAUCAUCUUGUUGAGUUCAAUAUGCCUCGUAGUCAUAUUAGACAAUUAGAGGGAUUUAAGAAUAUGCCAAUGCUGACAUCUAUGAAUUUAAGUGGUUGUCAAUUCUUAGAAAAAAUUCCUGACUUAUCCAGAAUCCCAAACAUAAAGGACUUGAAUCUAAGUUGGUGUACAAGUUUGGUUGAGGUUGAUGAUUCUGUUGGACGCCUUGAUAAACUUGUUCAAUUGAAUCUUAGAGGAUGUGUUAGGCUUACGAGGUUUGCAACAAGACUUAGAUUGAAAUCCUUAGAAACACUUUAUCUAAGUGAUUGCGAAAGGCUUGAGAGUUUCCCUGAAAUAGAGGUGGAGAUGGAAUCACUAUGGAUUUUGCACAUAAGAAGAAGUGGCAUAAGAGAAUUGCCUUCAUCUAUUGCAUAUCUUACUGGGCUUGACACAUUGGAAGCUUGGGAUUCCAAAUUACAGCUGUGUCCCAACCUAUCUAAAUUUUGUCUCAAAGGAUGCAGUCAAAUCAGAAAAUUGGAGAGAUUUAAGCAUUUGCCAAAGCUGACAUCUAUGAAUUUAAGUGGUUGUCAAUUCUUAGAAAAAAUUCCUGACUUAUCCAGAAUCCCAAACAUAAAGGACUUGAAUCUAAGUUGGUGUACAAGUUUGGUUGAGGUUGAUGAUUCUGUUGGACGCCUUGAUAAACUUGUUCAAUUGAAUCUUAGAGGAUGUGUUAGGCUUACGAGGUUUGCAACAAGACUUAGAUUGAAAUCCUUAGAAACACUUUAUCUAAGUUCAGCCCAAGUCAAAGUCACAUGA